AUGAGGAAAGAUGAGAAGAGGGCUGUGGGCAUCCUGGAGAGCUCUCUGAAGCCGUGGUGGUACAGGAAGAGUGGCUGGGGGAAACUUAAAAGGAAUUAUGAAAAUCUUUCUGUAGGAGUCUAUUUACUGGGAAAAUAUGGUCAGAAGAAAAUCAGAGAAAUCCAAGAACGAGAGGCAGCUGAAUACAUCGCCCAAGCACGAAGGCAGUAUCAUUUUGAAAGUAAUCAGAGGACGUGCAAUAUGACAGUGCUGUCAAUGCUUCCAACAUUGAGGGAUGCCUUAAUGCAUCAAUUAAAUUCUGAGAGUCUCACAUCCCUUCUUAAAAAUAGGCCAGCAAACAAGUUAGAAAUAUGGGAGGAUUUAAAGAUAAUAAGUUUCACAAGAAGCAUUGUAGCUGUAUAUAGUACCUGUAUGCUAGUAGUUCUUUUGCGAGUCCAGUUAAAUAUUAUUGGCGGUUACAUCUACCUAGAUAAUGCUGCACUCUGCAAAAAUGGCACAACACCACUAGCUCCCCCUGAAGUUCAGCAGCAAUAUUUAUCAAGUAUUCAGCACCUUUUAGGAGAUGGACUGACCGAGUUAAUAACUAUUGUUAAACAAGCUGUGCAUAAAGUUUUUGGAAGUAUUUCCCUUAAGCACACCCUAUCUCUUCUGGAGCUGGAACAGAAACUUAAAGAUAUCAGGAAAGUAGUGGAACAUAAAGAUUCAGAUCAGAUUGCAUCUUACUCUCCCUUAUGUCAUUAUCUGAUGCCAGAUGAAGAAAACCCCUUGGCUACCCAGGCCUGUGGGCUCACAGAAAGAGACAUUGCUACAAUUAAAUUACUUAAUGAAACGAGAGAUAUGCUAGAAAGUCCAGACUUCAGUACAGUUUUGAGCACGUGUUUAAAUAGAGGAUUCAGUCGACUGCUGGACAAUAUGGCAGAGUUUUUUAGACCUACUGAACAGGAUCUCUCUCAGAAUGACUCUGUAAAUAGUCUUUCCAGUGUCAGUCUUCCUUUAGCCAAGAUAAUUCCAAUAAUAAAUGGACAGAUCCAUUCAGUAUGCAGUGAAACACCCAGUCACUUUGUUCAGGACCUGCUGAUGAUGGAACAAGUGAAAGAUUUUGCUGCUAAUGUUUAUGAAGCUUUUAGUACCCCUCAGCAACUAGAGAAAUGAACUGCAUAUUUAUAGGAAUAGAUUGUGUAUUUAUAGCAAAUCCUUGUGACUACUGAUGAGACAGGUUAAUUUUAUAACGGUGUAGGAGUGGUAGACCAGCAGAAAUAACAUUCUGAGAGAAGUGGGAGGAAGCCCAUAUUUGUUCUAAUAGAAUUCUGUUUCAAACACCCAUUAAAAACAUUAUUGUUGAAUCACUGUAUGUAAAGACUUUUAUUAAAAGAAGUGGUUAAACUCUUCUAUAAUUCAUUUGAUUAUUGCAUCUGAAAGGCAUCUGGUGGCAGUAUUACAAGUUACUAAAAAAUGCUUUUGUUUGCCUGGGAUCUGUAAGUUUUGGAAAAAAUUAAUGUUAGUGAUCAGAAUAGCAGAAUGAAGUAAAGUUUCUU